AUGGGGGAUACGCAGAGCCCCCGUCGAGCCCUUGUGCUCUACGGCUCCGAAACAGGAAAUGCCCAGGAUGUUGCUGAAGAGAUGGGAAGGCUCGCCGAGCGCCUGCGCUUCGACACGGAAGUCGCAGAACUGAAUGCAGUCAGCCUAAAGCAAUUGCUGCAGCACCAUGUGGUCCUGAUAUCCAUCUCCACAACGGGCCAGGGCGAUCUGCCGCCCAACAGCCAGGCCUUUUGGAAGGCGCUGCGCAGUGCUCGACUGCGACCAGGGUGUCUGCAGCAUAUGAGGUUUGCAUCGUUUGGCCUCGGUGACACCUCAUAUCCGAAGUACAACUGGGCACAUCGAAAGCUCUACAACCGUCUCGUCCAACUUGGCGCGCAGCCAAUAUGUGACCGUGGCGAGUCUGACGAACAGCAUCCUGAAGGCAUCGACGGCUCAUUUCUGCCAUGGACAUCGACUUUGCGCAGCAGUCUUCUCGAAGAGUACCCUUUGCCUGAGGGUUCAGAGCCGAUACCGGACAACGUACUGCUAGAUCCCAAAUGGCUACUUGAUCUGGCAGACAGUGAUAAGACAGCACCAACAAACGGCCACACAAUAUCUGGCAACAAUGACGAUGCAGAAGAGCCGCCAGACCAAUCUCUCCUCGAUAUCCCUGGUGGUCUCACAGCAGGCGUCACGUCAAACGAGCGGCUAACGCCUGCUUCACAUUGGCAAGAUGUACGGCAUCUCAAGCUGGACAUCGAGGGCUCACAUCCCUACGCUCCCGGAGAUGUCUUGACGAUAUAUCCAAAGAAUUUCCCCGUCGAUGUCGACCAGUUCCUUGCCAUCAUGGACUGGACGCCUAUCGCCGACCGACGGUUGAAGUUCACACCGUCGUCCGCAUCAGUCUCGCCCACCGCUCGUCUACCAGUAUCAACUUUCACUUCGUCCAGCACGACAACCCUUCGAGAACUUCUCACAAACAAUCUCGACAUUCUCUCCAUCCCACGGCGCUCUUUCUUUGCGAAGCUCGCGCACUACACCAGUGAUGAGUUCCAUCGCGACAGAUUACUCGAAUUUACAGAUCCAGAGUACAUCGACGAGCUCUUCGACUACACAACACGCCCGCGCCGCAGCAUUCUUGAAGUUUUGCAGGAGUUCGAGAGCGUCAGGAUACCCUGGCAGAGAGUAUGCAGCAUCAUCCCCACCCUGCGCGGGAGACAGUUCAGCAUCGCCAGCGCGAUGACUGAGGUACCCUCCCCUCAGGACAAAGGAACACGCACAAGAAUCGAACUCCUCAUCGCCAUAGUCAAAUACAAGACGGUGAUCAAGCGCAUCAGACAGGGCGUAGCCACCCGCUACAUCGCCAGCCUCGCCCCUACACAGCAGCUCACCGUCACACUAUCCCGCGGCGGCCUUGGCGUCACUCAAGACGAGCUCCAACGACCCGUUGUCAUGAUUGGUCCCGGAACAGGCGUAGCGCCCAUGCGCGCCCUGAUACAGCAGCGCAUGCAAUGGCGCCAUCAAGCCCCCGCCCAGGACAUGCCAGUCGCGAACGACCUCUUGUUCUUUGGCUGCCGCAAUGCCGAGUCCGAUUACUUCUUCGCGCACGAGUGGAAAGAGCACAAGGAUAGGGGCGUGCCGCUGGAAGUCUUCGCUGCGUUCUCGCGGGAUCAGAGGCAGAAGGUGUAUGUGCAGGAUCUUGUGCGACAGCAGAGUGGGGCAGUGUACGAUGCUGUGGUGAACAGGAGCGGGAUCUUAUAUAUCUGCGGCAGCUCGGGCAAGAUGCCGCAGGCCGUUCGCGAAGCGCUGAUUGAAGGGUUUCAGGAACAUGGGGCGUUGAGCAGGGAAGAUGCGGAGGCAUAUCUCGUGGCGCUGGAGAAGAGCGGGCGGUAUAGACAGGAGACGUGGUAG